CUAAACACGUAGUUGUAGGUAGCUUUCAAAAAAGAAAAAAACCUAAACAUAGUUGUAGUUUUAUAAUAAUAACCUUUCAGUGCUUUUAUGACGUCUUGAAUAAUAAAGUUUUCUCAGCAAAAUAAAAUUAAUAAUAAAGUAAAAACAUAUUGGAAUAUGAAAGAGUAAUACAGCAGACAGAGAGACAGAUAGGCCCAAUAAAUAUAAUCCCCUGAUUUCUUCCACUUUAUAGGAUUGCGUUAUAUGUGACAAUGGACAGUCCAAUUUAUUUUAAAAAAAAAAACUUGGAAUAUAAUAAGAAAGACCACUUGUUGUUGUACCAUUGCUUUUCUUCUUCUGGCGAAGAGAAGUUGUAGUUGUCAAAGAAGAGACGAGUAUGGAAGAAGAGGCGAAGAAGGAGCUUCGUAUGCUGGAAGAACAAUAUCCCAACCGUUAUGAGUGCCUUAAGCUUGAACUCAACCACUUCAUCUCUCUCCUUCACUCCUCACAUCAAGCAACUUCUCAGCUUAUUCCUACUACAACUACUACUGCCACUACUCAAGAAUCAACGAGCAGAAGGAAGAAGAAGAAGAGUACUACAACCGAAAAUUACAGGAGCAGAUACUUGGUGGAAUCAAUUGCAGAAGACCAAACAGGGCAAGAGUUAGAUGAUGAGAAGCAGAAGAUAAGUAAGAAAAGGGAUAGAGUUGAAGUAGUUCUUGAGAGAGCUCAUGCUUGUCUCAGAAAGAUUAAAAACUUCAAAGCAUCCUUAUUAUCAUGACUCUAUCAAAGCGUGUAGCGUGAGCAUGACAUCACCAUCCAUUAUCCACCAGUAUACUUCAAUAUCAAUCAGUAAAUUGUUCUAUGGUCCAUGUCUUUACAAAGAAAAAUAUAUGUUACACACAAUUAACAUUGCAAAUGGAUGGCAUACCUUCAAUUUCUGUCAAUAUAUAAAUUACAAAGACUUUACAAAUGGAAGAAAUAUUGCCUUCGAUUUCAAUAAAGUACAGCAGUAUUUUGGACAGAUAUCAUUACUCUAAAAGCAGUUCCAAAGCAUUUACUUA